AUGAAGGUUUCUUCUGCCGCCUUCUUGUGUCGUUCUUCGCCCAGCCUCCGCUUGAUCUGGGACUCGGAUAGAGGCCAGCCGGAUGGAUAUUGCAAUCUGUACACUGCUGAUCCCGACAGCCAAGGUUUCACAGUGUAUGAAGAAGAGGACUGCGGUUAUCUCCUGCAGCGGCUGGCCGUCCUAGGUUGUAUCGGCAAAGACGGUGAGCCGCUGGCGCCGCUUCCGGUUGCUGUGGCUGAAAAGAUCUUCGAUGUUGUGAGGUUGCCCAAACGCGACUUUGAUUUUCAUCAGGCACUUUUGUACGCCAUUGAGAUGUCUCAAAUCACGGACUAUGAUUUGUUUCAACGGUAUGGCAUACUGGAAUCUGCUGGAGAAUUAUUUCUAGUGCUUAAGGAACAACAUCGCUUCAAGGUCUUCAGGAUCAACACCGACAGAAUUGUGCUUGAACCUGUUGAGAGCAUCGGCAGCCGUGCAUUCUUUCUCGGUCGGGGCAGGUACAUGUCUGUCGAUGCACACAAGUUCCCAUACAUCGAUGCCAAUUGCAUAUACUAUGUGAAGUCGACAUUUCCGACAUGUGACAUCUACAAGUACGACCUCGAGGUCGAGAAAGAAGAGAGGGUUUCUCAAGCCAGACAUUCCUUGAACCCCAGCACCUCCACGUUGCCUGCCACAAUUCCUCCCUUCACCAUCCUCAGGCUUCUCUCCAGCUACACCAACAGCAUCCAGACAAGUCAGCUCACGAGGUGUGCGAGGAUUCAAAGCGUUACACGAUCCGGGUUUAAAUCUGAGUAUGCAUAUGAAGCGUCGGACCCAGGGAGUUGCUGGUGCCUGAACAUGAUAGAAGUGGUGGAUUUUCAAAACUAUCCGCGCCGUCCGCGCAACGGCACGGAAGUAGCUCGCCCAUGA